AUGGAACGUAGGUUAAUUUUUUUGAUUUUUUAUGAUUUUGAACGCGGUAGGCAACUUUUAAGUAUUUUGCAUUUUUUAAUUUAGAAAAAGUUGUCUUUUAAACCAUUAAAAAAGUUUUGUCGUUUUUUAACAUAGAAAUGCCUAGAAAUUGACGACAAGACUUUUAUUGGUCGCUUCAAUUUAAAGUUUUUAGAAUUUUAAAAUAUUUUAUGAUUGAAUUGUUUUAUUUUUAAAAUUUUUUUGAAUUUUAGAUUGUCCAGACAUAAAAAGAGGUGAUUUUACUCAGUUUUUCGAAGUUUACGGUAAACAUAUUGAAGGCAGGAAGUACGAGAUCAAUGGGUUCUUUACUGGUACGUUUUGUAGCUUCUUUAUACUUUACUUUAUAUGUAAAUUUUGUUUAUUAUUGAAAUUUAUUUCAAAUCUUUAUAUUUUUUAGUGUUUAAAAAGUCUUGGCGUUUUUCUUCGUGCAAAUUAAUGUAAAUUGACGACAAGACUUUUUAAACAGCCAAAUAUUGUCAUUCUUUGUAUAGUGGUCAAAAAAUAGAAGCUGAAUCAAGUCGUUCUUCUGGAUCCACAGUUUGUGAAGCUAGAUGGGUAAGUCUUUAGUGUCAUUUUGGGUUUGGACUUACUUUUUUCUAAAAAAUUUUACCCCCCCCCCCCUCCCUUCCCAAACAAAUUUUUUACCCAGCUUUGCUCAAGCAAAAAAGUUUCUAAAAUUUGACUUUAGGGUUUAUUUGUAAACUGAAUUUCAGCCAAACAGUCAAGAAGUUCCCAGAAACCCCCACCAACUGUCUAAGAGAGAACUAUGCCUUUACUUCCGGCAACAUCUUGGUCCUAAACCACACUCACUUUGCUGAUAUACUCGAAGUAGAUGAUCACCGUGUUGAUGGACAAUCAACCUACUACUUUGAGUCAUUAUCCAACCUUCGACAUCAUAAUUUCUCGGCUGAAAACAUUGAUAAGAUUCGGGAUUGUUUUGAUAAGCAAAAGGUAGGUCUAAAAUUAUAUUGUGGUAGGUUUGAACUGUAAUUUUAGAAAGAUUGCAGUAGUUAUUCAUAGUAAUUGUUCUAAUAGGUAUUCUGUAAACCAUAUUUGAUUGAAAUGACAUUAAAGUAAGACUUUAGCUCGAAUUCUGCACGUACAAUGGAACUCAUGUUAUUGAAGGACCACGUCGGUUUGUGGGUAUCAAUGAGGGAUAGGCUUUGAACAUGUGAGUGAUUGAUACUGUAGGGUAAAGUAGGAUAAUAUGGAGUAGAGUAGAGUAAAGUGGGCAGGCUAAGGUAGGCUAGGGAAGCGUGGGCAUGGCAAAAAAUACUUUUCAAUUUUAAUGUUUCAGGGCUACGUAUGAACGCCGCUUUACGUUGUACCAAGUUAACAAUACUCAGUAAGUUAUAUAAAUGUUCCUUUGACCAAAAUUUGAAAAACGAGAAAAAAAAUUGAAUUACAGUAUCAAAAAAGUCUUGUCAUUAAUAUACCUUGUUUUGCCUUGUAAAAAACGACAAGACUUUUUAGUGAUAAAGAUUAUUAUUUCAAAAUAACUUUGAAACCAUAAAAUGAUCUUGUAAGCCAUAAUAAAGCUUUAGGUCUAAAAAAGUCAAGUUAAAAUUCACUUUCAGCAACUGCUUCAACAUUCCCUGGGACAUCGAGAACGCUUCGGACAAGCCGAUCAGCUUUGCGCCAUUAUUCAAGCUACCCUUCCUCAACUCCGAUUCUCCAUUGAUUGAACGCUUUCGGCCGAAGCCAAAACCAAAGCCAGUCCUCAAGUUGCGAGUGGUCGAAGUUCCCAUAAUUAACACUACUGAAUAUAUACCAGAGACCACGACCAACACGACCGAACUGUUGCGUUCGCCGGUGGCAAGUGGUGCUGGACUGGGAACGUUGAUGCCAUUUUUGAUGUUUGUUGGGCUUUUGUUGAUCUUUUGA